CCGCCAGUCCAUACAACUCAGCUCGCCGUCGCGACAACCCAUCAAGAUGCCGAGCCACAAGAGUUUCCGCACCAAGCAAAAGCUUGCCAAAGCUCAGAAGCAGAACCGUCCCAUCCCUCAGUGGAUUCGCCUCAGGACUGGUAACACCAUCAGAUACAACGCUAAGCGACGACACUGGCGCAAGACCCGUCUCGGUAUCUAAGCUCGUGCUUUCUUCCACGACCGAGUCGACGCAUUGUUUUCCUGGGAUUUUUCCGUUCAAUUUUCAACUGUGAUACACACACACACGGCCAAAAAUCCUUCAGAACUCGCGAUGCUCUAAUUUGCAAUGAGAAAAUAAAACCCGUUGACAGGCUUGCCUUCACCUGCCUACGAUCGAAUACCCGCUUUCCCUUAUUCUGUCUUUCUUCUCUCACCUAUUCCUCGUCUCCGGCUAUCUACGUCAAUGUGCUCGGAACCAUGGUUUACAAUCGACAAGGCGACUCGUCUUUGAAUAGCCUCAAGAUGAGCGGCCGGCAUUUUUGAUCUAGUAGCCAAGUGGGCUUGUGGGGGCGGGUUUCUGUGAUGGAAUGGACUCUACUGCUUUCUUAUUGCAAACUAUUGUACGCGAGCCUCUAGGGAAACAAGAAAAGAGACAAAAUCGAAAAUAUGAUGGGUAAUGAGCAUUCGACGGUAUCAUGAGCACUUGGUUCAUAAGACUGGAACCUAGCAUGGCUUCCAAUGGCUAGAAGUACAUAAACACUGGCACAUGGCUCUUAACUUCUGGGUAGCUUGAACCUCCAGUCUCCCUUG